CAUUUCUUACACAGCAUCUAUAAUUAUUUUUAUACAUGACUGUUGACUGUUAUCAAGAGUAAAAACAAUACAAUUCAAUGCAUCAGCCGAGGUUGACGUCACUGUGAUGCUGCACUUCCUCUCUAUUUUAUCACACUAUCCAGCACAUGGGGACCGCAGUUUGUGUGUGUCGCGUGACGGUAUCACCAUCGUACGACACUGAUAUGUUGAAAUCUAGGCACAGAAAAUUUUUCAAAACAUUUUUAAAUUUCCCUUAAGAAGAAAAUGAUGAGGAAAACGUUUUGGAGGCUCGAUUGUCAGCUACUCUUGGCGUUCACAGUUGGUGCGAUAUCUGGCUUUCUAUUAUACGCUGAUUUUGCUAUCGCGCAGCAUCAAGUGACUCAUUAUAAGCACACGCAAGUUGGAAAAGGCAUUGGAGAGAUGAAACAGGACAAAACUUUAUUAUUACGCAAAUUACAAAAAAUAAAAUCAGCAGGUCUAAAAUUCAUAGUUUUUUCUUUUUUACUUAAUUGAUUUUUAAAAUAGAAUUCAAAAUUCUCGAGCAGAGGCUGCGUAGACAACAGCGUUUAAUUUGCUGGAUAAUGACGCACUCGAGGAAUCACGCGAGUAAAGCACAAACAGUGAGAGCCACGUGGGGUCGCUUUUGUGACGUCACCCUAUUUGUGAGCGAUGAACUUGACGAAAAAUUAUUUCCGAUGAUCAAAGUAGAGGCUCCGCAAGGCAGGGACAGUCUCUGGCACAAGGUACGCACCGCGUUCAAAUUCAUCCAUUCAAAUUUUUCGGGAAAAUAUGACUGGGUGAUGAAAGCUGACGACGACACAUUCGUAAACGUCCAGUCGCUGCGGGAGCACUUGGCCUCGUUCAACCCUUCGCACGCCUUGUACUUCGGAGAGCCGCUGGUCAGCGGCUAUUUCGGCGAUGAUUCUGAAUACAUGGGAGGAGGAGGAGGCUACGUCCUCAGCAGGGAGACCGUCGACCGGUUCGUUAAGUUGUUGAAUGAUUCACGAACUGACGACGAGAUCGGCUGUGACCGGCAUGCAGCCACUUCAGGAGAAGAUCCAUACAUUGGCAAGAGCAUUUUUUUUUUAAAUAAAUGUAUUUUUAAAUUCUCCUCAGGUCGUUGUCUCCAUUUGCUGAAUGUGACGGGCGUGGACAGUCGUGACCGGACAGGGCUGAACAGAUUUGCGCAGCACCCUGGGCCUACGAGAGGGGAAAUUUGGUCCAAUACGAAUUUCUGGUAUUGGCAAUUUCAGAAGUAUUCGUCCACAACUAAAGAAUCCAAUGUUGGCUGCUGCUCAAGCGCAUACAUCUCUUAUCACUACGUAUCGCCAGCCAUGAUGCACCAGUUCCAAUAUCUCACUUUUAAAGUUAACCCUUUUGAUACCAGUUAUGUUGUGCGUAAAGCCUAAUCUUAAAUUUUAAUUAAGAAAUUAGGGUGAACAUUUUGUAAAAUAAACCGAUACUCAAAUAGAAAAAAAAAA